CGCUUCUCGACCCGCCUGCCAUCACGACGAUGCUCAGCGUCCCGUUGCAUCACCUCCACCCGCCGAAACAUCCGGACAUUUCAGACAAACGGAGCAUCGUGAUGCGCGAAAUGACCCACCAUCCGCGCGCGCGUUUUUUGGGGUUGGCCAGAGCUUUUUUACGCGUGCCACAAAGAUGCCCUUCACACUCCUAGCAGUAGUUGUCCACCAUGAUGCACGCACUCAAAGAACCUGCUAAAGCCACAGAUGGAGGAUUUUGGAUGUUAGAAAACGAUGCAGAAUUAAACAAGCUUGAUGUAAACCGUUUUUAUCCCAUUGCUGUCGAUGGUUCUGUGCCCGUGGGUUUUGGUUUUUAGGGCAGCCGAGUCUGGAAUCUGUGUACCUGUUUGGAGGACAACACUGAGCUGUAAUUAUGGCUGAAAACAACUUUCCUCCCCUGCCUCGGUUCAUCCCCCUCAAGCCGUGCUUUUACCAAGACUUCAAUGAAAUCCCAGACCACCAGCGCACCAUGUGCAAGAGGAUCUACUACCUAUGGAUCUUGAACACUGCCACACUAGCUGUUAACCUGAUUGGCUGCCUGGCUUGGAUGUGUGGAGGAGGCGGAGCUACAAACUUUGGGAUGGCCAUCUUGUGGCUGAUACUCUUCACUCCUUGCUCCUAUGUCUGUUGGUUUAGGCCCAUCUACAAGGCCUUUAAGACCGACAGCUCCUUCAACUUUAUGGCCUUCUUCUUCGUCUUUAUGGCUCAGGUGGUGAUCAGUAUUAUCCAAGCUGUUGGCAUUCCGGGAUGGGGAGUGUGCGGCUGGCUGGCCACCAUCACCUUUUUCAGCACCAACAUCGGCUCAGCUGUAGUCAUGCUGAUUCCAACCGUCAUGUUCACUGCGGUGGCUGCGCUCUCCGUCAUCGUCCUCACAAAGGUUCACAACUUUUACCGUGGCAGUGGGGGCAGCUUGGGUAAAGCCCAGGAGGAGUGGACCUCGGGGGCCUGGAAGAACCCCCACGUCCAACAGGCAGCUCAGCAGGCCGCCAUGGGAGCCGCACAGGGAGCCAUACAGCAGAACCAGUACUCAGCAGCUCCCACCUACAACUAUGACGACCCAAUGUAGGACACGCAAAGAGGGCCGAGCAGCAAAGUGGGAGAGCUAAAAAGAGAUCAAAUUAAAAAACAAUUCACAAUUAGGUGCCCUUCAUUGUUCAGUUUUAAUGGGAAAUCGUGGAAGAGAAUGAGUCAGAAAUGGAUUUUUGAGAGACUAUGUCAGACAUUUCACUAUCAAAUCAACCUUUUUUUGUAUUAGUUUUUGCUUUAAGCUGGUCUCUGUGUGUGUGUCACAUGGCAGCUUAAAGCAUUUGAUCUCGGCUAAGCUCUGACAUUUUCCACUUUUCAAAAAUGCUAAAUGUUUCUGCAGAGGCCAUUAAAAAGUCACAACAUGUCAAGCAUUCUAUUAGGGUUGAUUUUAUAUUUGGUAAAUAACAAUUUGUCUUUUUGCCAGGAGUUCAUUGGGAAUAAUUGCAUUGACUAUCAGUGUUAUCUUAGCUUAGCAUAACAAUUAAAGUCUUGGUCUACUAUCAACUAAAGGCACAAAAAUGGACACAACAGCUUGCUUUAUACCCCAACUAACACUUUAUAAAAAGGUUUUGUGGGGGACAUAAGGUUUCACAUUAAUGCCACCAGUGGCUUUAUGGUAGAGUGUCCGCCUGAGACUAGAAGGUCAGGAGUUCAAAUCCACAUCGAAGUCUCUAAAAAUGGGACCCAGUGCCUCUCAGCUAGACACUCAGCAUUACGGGGUUGGAUAUGGCGGGUUAAACCCCCAAAUGGUUCCUGAAUGCAGCUGUGUGUGCAGCCCACGCUUUCCCAGGGGAGGGGUCAAAUUCAGAUAACAAAUUUCACACACCUCGGUUUGUGACAACUAAUGGGACUUUAAUUUAAUUUAGAUAUAUGAUAAAUUUUCUACUAAUUUCAGUCCUUGUCGGUUUCAUGUGCAGAAUUCAGGAAUUCAUAUUUUUGCACCACUUUAUUUGACACAAAAAGGCAAAUAACGUUAACCCUUAUUACAUCUUAAUUUCAAUUACAUGUACUCAGGCCAUUUGCAUUUUUAGAUUCUUUAAUAUUCAAUUGAACAUUUUUUGGAAAAGUGUUUAAAGUCAGAGCUUUUUGAUUGGCGACUUGUUUCUACCAAACGAUUUUUUCUCUAACAUUCUCAGGAAAGUUAGGCUGUUUUAAAGCAUCAACAUGUCUGGCUUUUGUCUAUUUCCUCAUUUGGUUUUUCAUUACUAUUUGAACUGAACAUGCACAAUUUACAGAUUAGCAUACAAAACAUUUUAAAUCUGCAUUAUAGAAGUAAACGGGGUAAGAAAAUCUAAAUGUGUGCAAAAUGGAAAUCAAUUUAAUAUAGUAACAUUUGUUGGUGGUGGUCCUAUCAUCAUAUGGAGUAAUGGAUGUCUGUCUCCCACGUUACCCCUACGUGUAAAUGCUUCAGUGACCACACGAUUCUGGAGAUGUGAACUCCGGGCCGCGCAGUACUUUGUCAUGUUGUGACUGUUGGUGUUAUUCCAUGAAUCUGUGUAAUAAAAAAAAGAAUAGAAUAUUAAAUAAACUCAAAGCGGUCAUUUCUUUUGGGAGUAAAACUAAACUGGAGAAUAUGUGUAGCCCUGGUGAGUCUCUGGUGUGUUUGAGUCAAGAGUUGGUUUACCCGGAGGGGUUUUUGCCUUGUGUAUUUGCAAGUCUCUUCAAGAACUUCUUCCGCUUUCAGUAGAUGGUAAUUACAGUAUAACACAGUAUUAGAUUUGAAAACGAUGUUAAGAUAUGUAUCUGAAUGCUCUUUAUUUUAAAAAAAAUUGUGAUUUGUCUCGUCUGAUUGUGGCAGUGUGGUAUUCAGUAAGCUGUUUGUUUGACUUUUUGUGUUUUCUUUGAUUUUUGACAAAACCUCGGUUUUUUUUCUCUGUUCAUUGAAAUGAUAUGUGUGUGGAUGGGUCAUUUGUGUCUUUCCAUAGCUGUAGUCCUUUCAGAGGAUUUUCCUUGAGAAACUAUUCACCUUUCAAUGCAAACUAAAUCACAGUUUACAGUUCAGCAAUACUAGUUUCUAAAUAUCCAAAUAAAACGGAGUCGGAUAUUAGCCUAAAACAAGCUCGGAUAAAAAUGAACACUUAUAAAAUGGGGUGUUCUGAAAACAAAAGCACCCUCUCGUCGUGAAGCUAGAGCACAGUAGUACAAAUUUGAAAGUUGCAAACAUUUUCACCAGCAGAUAUUCAUGGCAUUUGGUGUCUUUUCCUGUAAGCAGCACUGCACCUUUUGCUCGUCUGUGAGAAAAUGCACAGCAGAUUCUUUCUCUAAAUAAAGUGUGAAGAACUGCACAAAGAUGAGGAAAACAACUUUUUUUUUUGUUUGUGUAGUAAAGUGUGACGUUCCUGCAGAAAUGCACCUACAGUUCAUGUUAUGGAAAUGUCAGCUGCACUGUAGGAACAGUGGACUGUGCAUAUUUAUGUUGCUCAAUCGAAGCCAUUUCCCAUAAUCAAACCCAUGCUCUCACUUCUACUGAUUGUUGUAUGAAAUGUAUUAUCAUGUACAAUACUAUAAUUAGAAUAUAGAGCCGUUAAAAGGACAUAUUUAUCAUGAAGGGGUGUGUCUUUAUGGGUGGUGUGAACGAGGAAAACAUUUUUGUGUAUUAUUUUUGUAUUAUUUGGUCUUAUCCUAAUAAACAUUAAAUAGUUCA